CUGUCAGUGAUGCAGAGAUGGAUGGGACUCACACUGCCCGCCCUGCAGGUGCUCACAGCCAGAAGUGAAUAGGAAAUGACAGUGCAGGUGACAGUGCACUUGGAGUGUGGACAGAAUGCUGUGGAAACAGAGGGGCCCUGCUCAACUCAGGAGGUGGCAUUUGUUGGAAGAACCUGUGAAACCCUCUCUGUCCAGAGCUCCAGGACCAAUGAAUCUUUCUACCACUGUAAACCACUGAGCAGUUCAGAGCCCCAGCUGCAGAAGACUUGUCCUGCCACCAUCAUGAGCUCUGAAUGUGAUGUUGGUGCUUCUAAAGCCGUGGUGAACGGGUUGGCACCAGGCAGCAAUGGGCAGGACAAAGCAACUGCCGACCCUUUACGUGCACGCUCUAUUUCUGCUGUUAAAAUAAUUCCUGUGAAGACAGUGAAAAACUCUUCAGGCCUAGUACUCCCUCCAGAUAUGGAUCCUACAAAAGUCUGCACUGGGAAGGGAGCCGUGACUCUCCGGGCAUCAUCCUCCUACAGGGAAACCCCAAGCAGUAGCCCUGUGAGCCCUCAGGAAACCCCACAACAUGAAAGCAAACCAGAUGAGUGGAGGCUUUCUUCCAAUGCUGAUGCCAAUGGGAACGCCCAACCCUCCUCACUCGCUGCCAAGGGCUACAGAAGUGUGCAUCCCAACCUUCCUUCCGACAAACCCCAGGUUCUUGCUCCCCCACGCCCUCCUCUCCCUAAGGAGGGCCGCUUUGCAUGGCAGCCCCCUGCCCUUCUCAGUACCUACAAGGACUCGCUCUACCUGAGCUCACCAAAGCCUUACAUCCCACCCAGCACCCCCAGCCAGCAGAACCCCUCACGAUCCCAGCCCGUCUCUGUUCCCCUGGCAGCCAGAUCAGCUCCCAGAGGUGUAGUGUGUCCUGGGCCCUCGCUUCCGGGUUCCACGUUGUCCAGUGCUUCUGCCCAACCCCAGCACCACUGUAUAGCCACCAGGACAGUUUAUAGUGGGAAUGUGAGCUCUAACACACGUCAUGAGGCAGUUGGGAGUAAAAAGGUCAGCAGCUUAUAUGUACCUUGUUUAUCCAAUAACACUCGCCCAGUGGCGUUGGAAAGCCUCUGUCGUGUUGCACGUGACCCAGCCCAAGGCACUCAGGCACCGGCUCCCAGCAUUGUCUCCCGCACAGCCGGCACGGGGAAGCCACCUUCUGCUCCUCCUCCUCACACUCCCAAGCUAUUCUUUGACCCCCGUAAAGAUGCCGUUAGCCGUGGUGACAGUCCUUCCCUGGGGACUAGGCCUCCGUGCCCAGACGCAGUGAGACCACCUGUGCUAGGUCCCCAGGUUACCUCUGAUCCCGAAAACCGGAAGAGAAAAGAACCUUACCUUUUGCAGCCGUGUUAUCCAGCCAAGGAUGCCACUUCCUCCAGCCCAGCCCAGCCUGAGGUAAUAGUUGUCCCUCUCUACCUGGUUAAUACUGACAGAGGGCAAGAAGGCACUGCCAGACCUCCAGCAUCUCUGGGGCCACUUGGCCCCCCAAUCCCGGCGACCGCCCCUGCCGGCUCACCUCUGACCUUCCCGACUCUAGAUGAUUUCAUUCCCCCUCAUCUGCAGAGGCGGCCCCACCACAGCCAGCCAGUCAGCGCUCCUGGCCCCCACCCCCCUGUUAGCCAGUCACCACCAUCCUUCUCACCACCACCUCCGCUGGUGCCCCCGGUACCGGAGGGCCUCCACAGAGUCUCGGAGCCUGACCUCACGGGAGCUGUUUCAAGUACCGAUUCAAGUCCUCUACUAAAUGAAGUAUCUUCAUCUCGUGUUGGGACUAAUUCCCAAACCUUUGCACCAGUCAGCAAGCCAUCGUCUGCCUAUCCCUCCACGACGAUUGUCAAUCCUACUAUUGUGCUCUUGCAACAUAAUCGAGAACAGCAGAAACGACUCAGUAGCCUUUCAGAUUCUGUCUCAGAAGGAAGAGUGGGAGAGCGGGACUCGGCACCAACCCAGGAAAAGCCCACCUCUCCUGGCAGGGCUACUGAAAAGAAGGCAAAAGAUGCCAGCAGGCGGGUGGUUACGAGCGCUCAGGACCUGAGCGAUGUCUCCAUGGAUGAACUGGGCAUCCCACUCCGGAACACCGAGAGAUCAAAAGACUGGUACAAGACCAUGUUUAAACAGAUCCACAAGCUGAACAGAGACACUCCUGAGGAAAACCCUUAUUUCCCUACGUACAAAUUCCCUGAACUUCCUGAAAUCCAGCAAAACUCUGAAGAGGACAAUCCUUACACUCCUACCUACCAGUUUCCUGCAUCUACUCCUAGUCCUAAAUCUGAAGAUGAUGAUUCAGACCUGUACUCUCCUCGAUACUCCUUUUCUGAAGACACCAAAUCUCCCCUUUCCGUGCCUCGCUCAAAAAGUGAAAUGAGCUACAUUGAUGGUGAGAAGGUAGUUAAGAGGUCAGCCACACUUCCCCUUCCGGCCCGCUCUUCGUCACUAAAAUCAAGCCCAGAAAGAAACGACUGGGAGCCCCCAGAUAAGAAAGUGGAUACAAGAAAAUACCGUGCAGAGCCCAAAAGCAUUUACGAAUAUCAGCCCGGCAGGUCCUCCGUUCUGACCAACGAAAAGAUGAGUCGGGAUAUAAGCCCAGAAGAGAUAGAUUUAAAGAAUGAACCUUGGUAUAAAUUCUUUUCGGAAUUGGAGUUUGGGAAACCGCCUCCCAAAAAGAUAUGGGAUUAUACUCCUGGAGACUGCUCUAUCCUUCCUAGAGAGGAUAGAAAGACUAAUCUAGAAAAAGAUCUCAACCUCUGCCACACAGAGUUAGAGGCAGAUUUAGAAAAAAUGGAGACGCUUAAUAAGGCACCCAGUGCAAACCUGUCACAGAGCUCAGCAAUCAGCCCCACUCCGGAUAUUUCUUCAGAGCCUCCUGGAUAUAUAUAUUCUUCCAACUUCCACGCAGUGAAGAGGGAAUCAGAUGGAGCUCCUGGGGAUCUUGGUAGCUUGGAGAACGAGAGGCAGAUUUAUAAAAGCGUCUUGGAAGGUGGAGACAUCCCUCUCCAGGGCCUCAGUGGGCUCAAGCGGCCGUCCAGCUCAGCCUCCACUAAAGAUUCAGAAUCACCAAGACAUUUUAUACCAGCUGAUUACUUAGAAUCCACAGAAGAAUUUAUUCGAAGACGUCAUGAUGAUAAAGAGAAACUUUUAGCGGACCAGAGACGACUUAAGCGCGAGCAAGAAGAGGCCGAUAUUGCAGCUCGGCGCCACACGGGCGUCAUUCCAACGCACCAUCAGUUUAUCACUAAUGAGCGCUUUGGGGAUCUCCUCAAUAUAGACGAUACGGCAAAAAGGAAAUCUGGGUCAGAGAUGAGACCGGCCAGAGCCAAGUUUGACUUUAAAGCUCAGACACUGAAGGAGCUUCCUCUGCAAAAGGGAGACAUUGUUUACAUUUAUAAGCAGAUCGACCAGAACUGGUAUGAAGGCGAACACCACGGCCGGGUGGGCAUCUUUCCACGCACCUACAUCGAGCUGCUUCCACCUGCAGAGAAGGCUCAGCCCAAAAAGUUGACACCGCUGCAGGUUUUGGAAUAUGGAGAAGCUAUUGCUAAGUUUAACUUUAAUGGUGAUACGCAAGUAGAAAUGUCCUUCAGAAAGGGUGAGAGGAUCACGCUGCUUCGACAGGUGGAUGAGAACUGGUACGAAGGGAGGAUCCCAGGGACUUCCCGGCAAGGCAUCUUCCCCAUCACCUAUGUGGACGUGAUCAAAAGGCCACUGGUGAAAAACCCGGUGGAUUACAUCGACUUGCCUUUCUCCUCCUCCCCAAGUCGUAGUGCCACCGCGAGUCCACAGUUUUCCAGUCACAGCAAGCUCGUCAUGCCAGCCCCCUCAUCUCUGCCUCACCCCCACCGAGCCCUGUCCCCUGAGUUGCAUGCUGUCACCUCUGAAUGGAUCUCGCUGACUGUAGGCGUCCCAGGCAGGCAUUCUCUGGCCCUGACCCCACCCCUGCCUCCUCUGCCGGAGGCUUCAGUCUAUAACACUGACUACUUUGCCUUGUUGGCAAGGCCCAGCCCCUCCCUGCCCCUCAGACUCCCCCAUUCAAGUUGGUCCACCCCACGCUCGGUGGGUUCCCCGCUGGCCCUACUUCCCCCGCACAAAGCCUACUCCCUGGCACCUGGUACCCAGGCCUCCCUUCACAUCAAUGGAGACAGUGGUAUCCACAUGCCACCUUCAGGUAUCCGCCAGGACAGCUUCUCCCGGCCGCUGCUUGGGAGCUCUGACAGGGUCAUCUCGGAGCUUAGCGACGCCUUUAGCAGCCAGGGUAAGCAGCAGCCGUGGCGAGAAGAAAGCAGACAGUAUGAGAGGAGAGCAGAGAGGGAGGCAGGUGAGAGAUACCCUGGUGGACCCAAGAUUUCUAAGAAGAGCUGCCUGAAACCUUCAGACGUGGUCAGGUGCCUGAGCACCGAACAGAGACUCUCAGAUCUCCACAGCCCAGAGGAGAGCCGGCCCAGCAAGCCCCUGGGUAGCCCUUUUCCGGGAAGGGAGGCUGAGCAGACAGAGCUGCAUAGAGGUGGCGAGCAGGCUCAGAGGAAGGCUGCUCAGAGUGGUGUGAGCCAGCCUUCUCAUCAUUCAUUGAGAGCAGGACCUGAUCUCACAGAAUCUGAAAAGAGCUAUGUGGAAGCAGUUUGCAAUGAGAUCAUAAACAUUGCCGAAAAAUCUGUUCAUUACUGCAGCACUGUUUCUCAUCCCUUUGACUUCCAUCACAAGGUAUCCCCUUCUGACAAUAAAUCAUCUUUAAUCAUUUCUCAGCAACCUCAAGCCCAGCAGCGAAGAGUCACCCCAGAUAGGAGUCAAGCCUCACAAGAUUUAUUUAGCUACCAAGCAUUAUAUAGCUAUAUACCACAGAAUGAUGAUGAAUUGGAACUCCGAGAUGGAGAUAUUGUUGAUGUCAUGGAAAAAUGUGACGAUGGAUGGUUUGUUGGUACUUCAAGAAGGACAAGGCAGUUUGGUACUUUUCCAGGCAACUAUGUAAAGCCUUUGUAUCUAUAAGAAGACUGAAAACCACAGAGGUGAUUUUUAUUGGAGGAUGAAGCAUAAUUCAUGAACUGGUCUCCUUAUUUAAACGUUGAGUCAGUAGGAAAACUAAUGCAGUGGAUAAAGUAAGAAGCAAAAGAAAGGGACAGAGAAGGGUGUCAUGUUUAAAACCGGAGCCUAUCUAAGCUUACCGUGUAUCAGACAAGCCUGAACCAUGUGCUGAGCAGAAAGGAAUGAGGCAAAUCUGUAUUUACUUAGCUGCUUCUGGGAGCCGCUCCAGCCCUCCCCUCCGCUCCCCAUCUUAGGUAAUCUGACCUGCAGCACAGCCCAGGAGUAGUUAGGCCAGAAAUGCCUCCCGUGGCUGCUGCCUCGACUAGCUCCAGCUCAGUGAGGUCUCUGCAUUUCGCCUGAAGCAGCCCUCAGCGUGCCAGGCAGAUCCCCAGCUAUUCCCCGAAGGCUCCACACAGACUCCUAGCCAUCCCACAGCCCAUUGCUCCCCAGCUGCUGGACAUCAGUCUGGGCUGCAGAGGCCAUCCCGAGACAGGGGUGGAGGCCCCCAAACUACCCAGGACCGAGUCCCUCACUGGACCUGCUGAGGUUUGGGGAAAUUGACACAAAACCUAGGCACCCUGUGUAUUCAGCCUGCAUGCGGCACUACCAUUGAUACCCCUGGUGUUCAGAAAGAAAAACACACAAGGUUUGCCCAUGGGAGCCAGGCAGAUAGUUAGAUCUGUAUGUCUCAGUGAUUGAAGUCAAGAAGCCUGUAGCUCUUGAGGUCACCUGCAGCGUGCUCCUUUCCCAUGUCCCUGGCUUUCGUAAGUGUUCACUUUCAGGGCAACACAGUUUUAUUUAUCAGAACACCACUGGUAACCUUUCUUUUCUGGAUUUUUUUUUUUUUUUUUUUUUUU